AUCUCAUCCUUCUUUUCCACUUUUGAAGCAUAAGGAAAUGCUCAGAAGAAAACCCACCAAAAUCGAAGUCAGGCCCGAAGACAAGCAAGAACUCGAAGAUUCCCGUAAGCCCUCUCCUCCACCCACCGCCGCAACCUCCACCGCAACCUCCACCGCCACUACCACCUCCUCCUCUUCCCUUCUCCAUCUCCUCGAUCACUCCCACCCCAACCCCACCUCCAAAUUUCAACGCAUCGGUCUUUCCCCCUGAUGGAAGUCGAAGUCAAGCUCCGCCUCCAGGACGCCGCCACCCAUCGUCAAUUAACCACCAUCCUUUCUCCUUUCCUCUCCAAAACCCUCCAUCAACAAAACCUCUUCUUCGACACCCCAACAAAUACCCUUUCCUCCCAACUUUCCGUUCUUCGCCUCCGCUUCCUCGACAAGGACGCCCGCUGCAUCGUUUCCCUCAAAUCCAAACCUACUCUGGUAGAUGGUGUCAGCCGCGUGGAGGAAGAUGAGGAGGAACUGGAUCCCUCUAUUGCACGCGCUUGCGUAAAGGACCCUGCGAGGUUGGCGAAUAUCAAAUCGAGGAUUCUAAAGAGGCUUAAAGAGGAGUUUGGGGUUGGAGAAGAAGUGGGUUUUGUUUGUUUAGGUGGGUUUGAGAAUAAAAGAGAGGUUUUUGAUUGGAAAAAUCUGAAGCUGGAAGUGGAUGAGACUAAGUAUGAAUUUGGAACGUGUUACGAGAUCGAGUGUGAAUGUUCGGAUCCUGACGGCGUUAAGAAAUUGCUUGAGGAGUUCUUGAAGGAAAACGGGAUUGCUUAUUCGUACUCUAAGAUGACAAAGUUUGCUGUUUUCAGGUCUGGUGAACUCCCCAAGUGAGGUGAGUUUGAGCCUUGAAGAUUUCAUGCAUUCUGAUUAUCAUACGAGCAAUGGCAGAGAGGCAAGGCUGAUCAUCUUCCAUGCAAAAAUAAAUUUUUAUUCUCUCGUAAUGUGAUUCUAAGACCUUAUAUCAUCGGCAAUGGAAAGACAAUUUAACAA